CUUAUGGAUUCUAGCCUAUGUGUGGGGUCGCAAAGCUGAGAAGAGCCCCUUUUCUGACCCUCAUUCUGUGAACAUGAGAAAAUUUGUCGACGCCUAGUGGCCACACGGGCGAACUGCAUCUGGAGCAGGCGGUGGAGGAACACGGAGCUCGGAGCGCACCACCUCCUGUUGCUGCACCUCACUGUGGGAUCCGCUGUCGACCUUUCAGACAACACUCAUGAGCGCUGCAGCCGUUCCCACACAUCUGCUCGCUAUGCGCGACCAGGACGGCGGGAAGAAGCUCCCAGCACGGCGGCGUCUGCUCUGAGUCCGGACGCCAGAACCGUGGGCUCGUAGGUCCGGGGAUUUCUCUCCUUUUUUCUUUUUUGCCCCCCCCGCCCCCCUUUCUCUCCCGUCCCCCACCCCUCACACUCAACCCUCAAAAACUCAACUUGUGAGAGAAGUCGCUCUCUGCUGCCGCUGCUGCUCCUGGAGCGAGGGGAGGUCCGAGCGGAGCUCCGAGCUGAGAAAGUUUGAAGGGAGGAAGGAGAGCAACAGAGGUUUCCGGGGGACAUGCAGCCGGCGGAGGAAUGAGAGCAGCAGCGAGCCACCGGCGGCCCUUCCAGCGGUUCUGCUGCUGCGGGGUCGGGCUGCUCUCCGUCAUCUGGCUCACCCAGGUCAUCCGGGCACCAGGAACCGAGUCUUCGGGGCUCCAGCCAGCCAUAAAUGAUGGGCUGCUGCGGUGGACACGCAGGUUGAUGCAAGAGAAGUCAGACAACCAGAGCCUGGAUGAGCCCCGAGCAGCCAUCCAUGAGUUUCCACAGGACAUCUUUACCAGGGAGCAGAGGAAGAAUGGGGCUGUGCUUCUGCAUGCACUCUGUGCCAUCUACAUGUUUUAUGCUCUGGCCAUUGUCUGCGACGACUACUUUGUUCCAUCGCUGGAGAAAAUAUCAGAGAACCUGCAGCUCAGCGAGGAUGUAGCCGGGGCGACAUUCAUGGCUGCUGGAAGCUCCGCCCCUGAGCUUUUCACCUCUCUGAUUGGUGUCUUCAUCACUAAAGGGGAUGUUGGCGUUGGAACCAUCGUGGGCUCAGCUGUCUUCAACAUCUUGGUUAUCAUUGGGCUGUGUGGGAUCUUUGCAGGCCAGACAGUGGUUCUCACAUGGUGGUCCCUUUUCAGAGACGCCACAUACUACAUCCUGGCUGUGCUGGCACUCAUCCUGGUUAUCUAUGAUGACACAGUUCUCUGGUGGGAGUCCUUGCUCCUCAUUACCAUGUAUGGAAUCUACAUUAUUAUCAUGAAGUUCAACUCUCCGAUUUCGGUGUUUGUGACGCAUCUGUUCCAAAGCCGCUGGCUGUGCUGCAGUAAAUCUGAGGAACAACACGACAGUAAGAUGGUAGAGGAUCCGGCUUGUAACACGUCGAUGGUGCUUCUCAACAAAGAGCAAAGUCACGGUCAGGAGCCUCUGCCUGUCAUCAUGGUGGAUGAGCUCCUUAUUAUCAACCCCCACAAACUGUCCUUCUCUGAGGCUGGCCUGCGCAUCAUGAUCACCCCGCACUUCUCACCCCGCACCAGGCUCUCCAUGGCUGGAAGAAUGCUCAUCAGUGAAAGGCAGCGACUGAUUAGGGGUUCAAAGCACCAGCGGGACGGGGAGGCGGGGCAUGCAUCCAGAGGAGAGUCAACCAGCAACAGCCUGAAGAGGACAGGCUCCUGCAGUCUGGAAAAUGGAGGCGGGAGACCCCGCAUGCAAGACACUGAAUCCGUUGAAAAGCCAGGGGUUGAAGAGGAGGGAGAGGAGGAUGAAGAUGGUAUUUUUAAUCCAGUGCGUAUACCAGGGAGCUGUGGUGCACGAGUGAAGUGGGUCAUCACCUGGCCUCUGAGCCUGCUGCUCUACUGCACCGUGCCAAACUGUGUCCUGCCACGUUGGCACCGCUGGUUCAUGGUCACCUUUGUGGCCUCCACUAUGUGGAUUGCUGUCUUCUCCUACCAAAUGGUGUGGAUGGUCACCAUCAUUAGCUACACACUAGACAUCCCAGACUAUAUCAUGGGCAUAACCUUCCUGGCAGCAGGGACCAGCGUACCUGACUGCAUGGCGAGUCUGAUCGUAGCUCGACAAGGUAUGGGGGACAUGGCCGUGUCAAACUCUAUAGGCAGCAAUAUCUUUGACAUCCUGCUAGGUCUGGGCUUUCCCUGGGCUUUACGUACCCUAGUGGUGGACCACGGAUCCACAGUCUCCAUAAAUAAUAAAGGUCUUGUAUAUUCUGUCAUCCUGCUGCUGGCAUCAGUCUUUCUGACUGUGAUCAGCGUUCAUUUGAACCACUGGAGGCUGGACCGCCGGCUGGGUCUGGGUUUAUUGUUUCUAUAUGCCAUCUUUCUCCUCUGCUCUAUCCUCUUUGGGAACAUGUAAGGAUUUGAGGUCAAACAUUCACCUAAUCUGACAAGUUAUAACUUUCAUACAUGAAAAAAACGUCUAAAAGAGAUGACUUUGUUCCUUGAUAACAUUUUUGCACACUGCUGUGCUGUAUGAAUUUCAAUGGUGACCAUGUUCAACUUAGACAAACACGAUUUAGCAACUUUCUGUCCUUUGUACAGUGCCGUGUUUGAUAGAACUUUCUAGUUAAAGUGAUGAUUUUACUUCAGGAUUAAUGACAUGGUAGGUGGAAGCAGCAGUAUUAUACAUUUUCUUAACAAGAAAACUGACAGCAACGAUUAAAUAGAUUUUCUGAAACUCUCUUUUUGCAAAAACUCUGUUUAACAGCAAAUAUUAACUAGAUUCAGUCGUACAAAAAUGACUCUUCUGUUUCAGGUUCUGCUUUUUGAAAGUAUUUGUUUUCCCCCCAAAAUCUAAAUGCUAGCCUAUCAUGCUACUAUUUUUUUUUAAAUAUAUCUUAAGUAGGCCUACUUAUAUAUUACUACAUGCCAUGUAGCCUUUAUUUCAAAGCAAUAGGCUGAUGAAAGUUUAGGUUUUAAAAUUUUAAUGACUGCGGUCCAAAAUGCUGCUAUGAUUGAGCAAAUAAUUUAGGCUUCAACAUCACUGAAAGCACAAGUCUAUUUUUAGAAGAGUAGCUGUCUUCCUGUUCUCUGUUUCUUCUAGUAGUAUUUUAUUAUCUAGAGGCACUUAUAAAACUGUUGGAGCGGGUUUAUCGCGCUUGUGAUUUAUGGCGUGUUGUGUUUAUUUAAAAUGUUGGCUAACAAUAGCAUCAAUAAGCCUGUUGCUAAUGGCGCCGACAUAAAAUAAAGAUUCUCUGAACACAUACCAGGAGGCCACAUGUAUAAACUAAACCCAUAGAAAAAAUCUUGUUUGCAACUUUUUACACAUCGUAAAAAGUUUUUCUGUUGGCCUGCAGUAGGCAAUUGCAAUAUUUGCAAUCGCGUUGCACAGUUUUGAUGAAUUUAUGACUAAGAUCUCUUAAAAUUCACAUUUCAAAACAUUUUUGAAGCCAUAAGUCAAGAUGAUCCGUCAGUUUUUAAAAAGUUCAUUCAAAGCUCAAAGUUGUCCUCAAGUUUUAUGUCUUUUAUUUCAAUUCGUAUAGUUUCUUUUUUCCUUUUUUUUUACCAUUCAAUCAGAAUUUAAAGUUCAGAUGUUUUUCAGUGUCUUUCAGAAGUUGCACAUUACAUAAAGCGGGUUUGCUGCUCUCAAUGUAAGGAUCUGAAUUUAAAAAUAAAGUUAUGGUUGUGUUUACUGCCAGGUAACUUUACUUUUCCAGCAUACCUUUCUGCGUUACCCGUUGUGCUAUCCUAGGCACUUUAACGUUGGGAGUUGGGUCAUCUAGACCCACUAGACAGUGCACUGAACCUUUUUUCUUCAAUGAUUUGUGAUCUUCACUGGUGUCCAUGGAUUACAUUAAAUCUUUCCACCUUCAUCCACCUUUGUCAUGGUAGGGAGAACACGUCAAUGGAAGGGUGGGGUCAUCUAAGAUAGCACAAGGGUUCAAAUGUUGAGCUUUAACAAAAAUAUAAAUAUAUACUAAGUUUCAGAAACAAUAGUUUCAUACAUAUGGCCUGUUGUGUGUGUCAGAGACUUUUCAGAGUGUGGAGCUAGACAUUGUUUGAUAAAAAAACAUAUUUUUAUUUGCCUAACUACUAAAGUAUGACUGUAUUUUUAGAAGUCUUUUUACUAUGAAAUCUAAUAUAUACUGUAUUUAUGAGUGUCAAAAACUUUGAUGAUUUAGACUACAAGAUCGUGGUAUACGUCAUGUUUAGGUACGACAAUCGACAUUUGCAAUUUGUCUUGCAUGUUAUGCGAGUUCUUUUUUUCUGCAUUUAUGUAAGUAACAUUGAAGUUAAGCAACCGCUGAUCAGGAUGGAAAAACACACAUAUUUGCAGCUCCUGCUUAUUUUUUGGUGAAUAAUGUUUCAUUUGCCACCAGCAGAACCGACUGUUCUGUCAUUACUGGGAAUAAAAAAACCUGACCAUACUACAAUGGUUGUUUAUAGAGGAGAUGUCAGUAUUGUUUCUUUUGAUUACGUGAGUUCUAUUUUUUCCAGAUUUGUUGUAACAAAUUUUCUCUGCGUGAAAAUGUUUUUUUUUACUGUUUGUAAAUGUUGAAUAACUUAGUUUUACAAGGAACUGACCAACCUGCUUUGAUAUGUUAAAAAAAAUAUAAUGUAAGCUCAUUUGUGAUUUAUUGCAACUAAAUUAAUACAUAUUUCUAUGUACGUUCGGUGGGCUGUAAAGGCUUUCAAGUCGCUUCAGAUUUUCUCUUGUGUUGGUAUUUGUUCACUGAUGAACCAAUUUCAUGCAGAAUAGAAAUUGAAAGAAAAUAUAUUUUUUACUGGGUAAUUGUUUAGCAGCUGUUUUAAAUUAAGAGCUUUUUUUUUUAAUUUAGUCAUUUAAAUUAUGUUGGAUAAGGAACCACUUAGCACUAAGUAUUAAAAUUCACGGUCCUCCUUCAAAUCUGAUGUGUAAUGGUACGGUGGGUUUUUUUUUUGGAGCCUUACCUUAGGCAGGAAUUGUCUUUUCCGAUCUUCCUCACAUCCAUCCAUGUUUUCCUGGCAGACGAUUCAGCAGAGUACGAUACCAACGUGUCCUUUCACUGUCAGGAGGCUGUCAUUUGCUCCUGAUCCAGAUCAGUAAUAAAAAAGAAACUAAGUGACGCGUUCUACAGUUUGUUAUCCUUACAGAGAAAUUAAAGCUGAACGUGAUUCUCCAAAGAAUGUCAUGUUUAAUCUGCUGUGAUGUUGGAGGUAGAUCUUAGAGUCCAAUUUACUGCUUUAGAGAUUGUAUUGGAUCAUAGAAGACUGUUGUUAUCUUGGGUGCAAUAAAAAAAGUGCAAUAACA